ACCUCAAAAUGUCCAUCAGGAAUGUAUUGUCAGAGAGGAAAUGACAUGACUUCAAGACGAGCUAACUCAUAAGAAAAUGACUUCCAUUGCAAUGAGUCCUCGAGCGCCACGCCUACGGGAUAUUUUCCAAACUGCAGCCUUCAGCCACGACUGCAACCCGCAAUCCAUUUUCAUUUCUCAUGAGUCAGCGGACUCCAUGUCUGGGAGGACCGGGGAAGGACGCUCUGGCCGCACUAGAUGCUUGGCGCGACGACUAUGAUCAUGGAAGACACCCAGGUUAUUAACUGGGAAGUUGAACAAGAGGAGGAGGUUGAAGAGAGACCCAGUGAAUCUUUGGGGUGUAGCUUGGAGCCCCUUGGGCGACUGCGUAUCUUCAGUAGUUCCUAUGGACCAGAAAAAGAUUUCCCACUAUACCUUGGGAAGAAUGUGGUAGGCCGAAUGCCUGAUUGCUCUGUGGCCCUGCCCUAUUCAUCUAUCUCCAAACAACAUGCAGUGAUUGAAAUCUUGGCCUGGGACAAGGCGCCUGUCCUCCGGGAUUGUGGAAGCCUCAAUGGUACUCAAAUCCUGAGGCCUCCUAAGGUCCUGGGCCCUGGGGUGAGUCAUCGUUUGAGGGACCGGGAGUUGAUUCUCUUUGCUGACUUGCCCUGCCAGUACCAUCGCUUGGAUGUCCCCCUGCCCUUUGUCUCCCGGGGCCCUCUAACUAUAGAGGAGACACCCAGGGUACAGGGAGGAACUCAACCCCACAGGCUUCUGUUGGCUGAGGACUCAGAGGAAGAAGUAGAUUCUCUUUCUGAGAAGCGUGUGGUGAAAGGACCAAGGACCUCCUUUUUGGCGACAGUAGUUCCAGAGAGCGAUGAAGAGGGACCUUCCUCUGCCCUGGAUGUCCCUGGGCCACCUUUUGCCUUCAACUUGAACAGUGACACAGAUGAGGAAGAAAGUCAGCAACCAGGAGCAGGGGAGGGCUCCUCAGCUGCCAGAAGAGUCACCGCUGCAGAGACAGAACAGCCUAAACCUGUCACAACUGGAAUCCAGCUUGGAAAGGAUCAGUGUUCAGUGAAGGAGAAGAACAAGGACACGAAAGUUGAGAGGAGUGCGAGGAGUAGGGUGGUUCCAGUUGGAGUGACUCUGGAGAGGAGCCAGCCUGCUGGGGAGGACAGUGACACAGAUGUGGACGAUGAGAGCGGGCCUCUGAGAAGGCUCACUGGGGUCCAUCUGGAAAGGGCCCAGCCUUGUGGCUUCAUAGACAGUGAUACUGAUGUGGAAGAAGAGGGGAUCCCUGCGACCCCAGCUGUAGUUCCUGUGAGGAAGAGGCACAUCUUCCAUGAAGUUGGUACAGAGAGUCCUCGGGCACCUGGCGUGGCACAUCAGCAGGAGAGCCCGGCUGGUAGUGAUACAGAUAUAGAGGAGGGGGAGGCCCCCCUGACUGUCCCUCUGGACAAAAGCCGAGCCUCCGUCGUGAUCGAUAGCAAUACAGAUGACAAGGAAGAAGUCUCAGCAGCGCUCACGCUGGCACAUCUAAGAGAGAGCCGGGCCGUUGCGUGGAACAGAGAUCCAGAUGCAGAAGACGAUAGGGCCCAACCGGUGGCCCUUCUGGAGCAAAGCCAAGCCUCUGCUGGGAGAGACAGUGACACAGACGUGAAGGAAAAGGGGCUCCCAGUGGAGAAGACAGGAACUGUUCCCAGGGGUCACACGGGCAAGGCAUAUUCAGAAAAGAGUCAUCCUCCUCUCAGGGACAGUGAUACAGAGGUGGCGGAAGAGAAGAGCUCACCAGGGUUCCACCUGGAGAGAAGCCAAGCCUCUGCCACAGUGCAUAUCAACACACAAGUGGUGGAGGAAGUCCCACCACGGCCAGCUGUUAUACUUCUGGAGAAGCAUCAAGUACCUGUAGCAUGGACACAUCAAACAGAUGUGGAAGCUGAAGGAGGCCCAGCAAAGCUGCCUGUGGUGUAUCCACAAGAAGCCCAGCCUCCUCUCGCUGGGGACUGUGACCCAGAUGCGGAGGAGAACACAUCCUUAGCAGCCUCAGCAGUGGCAGAUGUAAGAAAGAGCCAGCUUCAGGCAGAAGAAGAUACUGGGACAGAGUGGGCUGUAGCCGUUCUUGAACAGGGCAGGGCUUUUAUGGCUGGGGCCCAGGGUGGGUCACCCGCGGCCCAAGUGGAGCAGGACCUUCUCCCUGUCUCAAGGAAUAACAUAGCAGAUCUGGUGGUGGACACAGGCACUCCAGGGGAACCCACCCAGCCACAGAGACAGGGGGCCCAGACCCCCACAGAAGGGGAGAGAGAACCACAUGUGGAUAGGACCAUGGACUCUGGAGACAACCACGAUGAUUCUGAAGAUCUGGACCUGCAAGCUACCCAGUGCUUUGUGGAGAGAGAGAAUCAGAGCCUGGAAGUCCCCAGCAUGGAGGAUGAACCCACCCAGGCCUUCCUGUUUACUCUGCCCCAAGAGCCUGGCCCUUCCCGUUGCAGCUUCCAGGCCACAGGUUCCUUGGAUGAGCCAUGGGAGGUCUUGGCUACACAGCCAUUCUGUCCGAGAGAGUCUGAAGCCUCUGAGACCCAGCCCAUUGCCACCCACAUUGAAGCCCAUGCAUCUUGCCCCUCUCCACCUACGGCAGCACCACAAGAGCAACAUCCAGAGAGUCCAGUUCAUGCAGAGCCACUGGGGAUUCAAGGCAGAGGGAUGCAGACUGUGGAGGAAGACAUGGGUACACCAAGAGAGACAGCAGAGAGGGUGACCCCUGAGAGAGGGCCAUUGGAGAGGGAAACUGAGAAACUGCCCUCGGAAGGAGAGAGGGAAGAUGUGACGGGAGAGGAAGAAUCAACGAGGGGGAUACAGGACAGAGAACAAAAACAGGUGUUAGCUAGAGAUACUCAGAAACAAGAGUCUGACAAAAAAGUAAAAAGUGCAAGUACUGAAAGGGAUAUGGAGAGUUUGAAGGUAGAAAUUGAGACACCCGAGGAAAUACAAGAGAAAGAGAGAGAAAAGCAGACUCUUACAAGAGAAAUAUUUGACAGAGAAGCAGAGAAACCAGUAGCAGAGAGAGAGUGUGAGACAGGUGGGUUACAAGGGAAGGUACCCAAAGUGAUGCUGGACAGAGGCCCACAGACAGGGGAGACAGAGGCGGGGGGCCAGGACCAGAAAGGCCAGGCUUCAGGUUCGACACCAGAGCCUGGAGCGGGGGCGGGAGACCUUCAGGGACUUGCUUCAGACCCCAUAGCUUCUGGGAGCCAGUCAGGUGGAGGAAGGGGUGCCCCAGUGAGCCCCAGGAGGCAGCAGAGAGGCUACUUGAAUUGCAAGAUGCCACCUGCUGAGAAGGCUUCCAGGGGUGAUCAGGAAUCCCCAGAUGCUUGUCGGCCUCCUGCACUGCAGGAGGCUUCAGCGCCUCUCCAAAACCCCCUCAUCUCUCAGAGCCAGAAACAUCCUGCCCCUCAGUCCCUCCUUUCGCCCUCUCCACCUCCUUUAGAACCGCCUAUUCCCAGGACCAGACAAAAUGAGAGUCAGGAAGCUCUGGAGACUCCCUUCUCCUCAGAGCUGGACUCUCUUCACCCAAAACCCAAAGUCAAGCCCCAAGGGUCCUCUCCAGUUUCUUCUGUACCCCUUGAGCCCCACCCUACCGCCUCCACAGACCAGCUUGUCACCCCCAAGCCCACAUCUCGGGCCACUCGGGGCCUGACACUUAGGUCCUCUGUCAAAACCCCUGAACAAAAUGUCUCCACAGCCCCUGAGCUCCAGCCUUCUGCCCACACAGACCAGGCUGUCACCCCCAAACCCACAUCUCGGGCCACUCGGGGCAGGACACAGAGGGCUUCUGUCAAGACUCCCGAACCAGUUAUCGCCACAGCCCCUGMGCCCCAGCCUUCCACUCCCACAGACCAGCCURUCACCCCCRAACCCACAUCUCGGGCCACUCGGGGCMGGACACAGAGGGCUUCUGUCAAGACUCCCGAACCAGUUAUCUCCACAGCCCCUGAGCCCCAGCCUUCCACUCCCACAGACCAGCCUGUCACCCCCAAACCCACAUCUCAGGCCACUCGGGGCAGGACACUUAGGUCCUCUGUCAAAACCCCUGAACGAAAUGUCCCCACAGCCCCUGAGCUCCAGCCUUCUGCCCACACAGACCAGCCUGUCACCCCCAAACCCACAUCUCAGGCCCCUCAGGGCAGGACACUUAGGUCAUCUGGUAAGGCCCCUGAACCAGUUGUCCCCAUAACUCCUGAGCCCCAGCCUUCCACCUCUAAAGACCAGUCUCUCACCCCUGAACCCACAUCUCAGGCCACUCGGGGCAGGACACAAAGGUCCUCUGUCAAGACAUCCCAGCCAACUGAACCCACAGCUCCUGACCUUGAACCUUCGUCCCCCACAGAGCAGCCUGUCACCCCCAAAGUCAUAGCUCAGGGUGGUCAGAGCAGGACACUAAGGUCUUCUACAGUAAGUGCUGUGCCAGUUCCUACCACCCCUGAAUCCCACUCUCCAGUGCCCACAGGAGAGCCUGUUCCCCCUGAGCCCAUCCCUGAAGCCAAUUGCAGCAGGAGGCCAAGGGCCACUAGGAAACAUGGGUCUCUCACAGCUCACGUUCGUGAACCCUACUCUGCACCCUCCGAACCUAACUCCCAGUCUUCAAGGAACCAGAGACGAGGGGCAGUGAGAGCAGCCGAGUCCCUUAGCACCAUUCCUGAGCCUGCCUUUGCCCAGCUUCCCGAGGCACCCACUCGUGCUCCCCAGAUCCCAAAGCGGGAGGCAACAGAUAGAUCUGGCUUCACCCCAGAGCCCCAGCCUGAGGCCUCUCAAAAUCGCAAGAGGCCUUUAGCUACUGCGGACUCACCUCCACUUCAAAAACGGCUCCAAAGAGAAGUUCCCCAGAAGACAGCAUUCCUCAAGGAAGAAGAAGAAAAUCCUGCAGCGAAGCUGAGGAAGGAAGAGGAUGUAGUGAUUCCAGGACCAGGCAAGAGAAAGAGAGAGCAGACAGAGGAGGAGCCCCGGGAAAUACCAAGCCGCAGCCUGCGACGGACCAAACCUCUCCAAGAGUCCACGGCCCCCAAAGUGCUCUUCACAGGCGUGGUGGAUGCUCAUGGAGAGCGGGCAGUGCUGGCCCUGGGGGGCAGUCUGGCCAGCUCAGUGGCUGAGGCUUCCCACCUGGUGACAGAUCGGAUCCGCCGGACAGUCAAGUUCCUGUGUGCCCUGGGGCGGGGCAUCCCCAUCCUCUCCCUGGACUGGCUGCGCCAGUCCCACAAGGCAGGUUGCUUCUUGCCCCCGGCUGAAUAUGUGGUGGCUGAUCCUGAGCAGGAGAAGAACUUUGGCUUCAGCCUUCGGGAGGCCCUGAGCCGGGCUCGGGAGCGAAGGCUGCUGGAGGGCUACGAGAUUCACGUGACCCCAGGAGUCCAGCCACCACCACCUCAGAUGGGAGAGAUCAUCAGCUGCUGUGGAGGCACCGUCCUACCCAGCAUGCCCCGGUCCUAUAAGCCUCAGAGAGUUGUGAUCACAUGUUCCCAGGACUUCCCUCGAUGUGCCAUUCCAUUUCGGGUUGGGCUGCCCAUCCUCUCACCUGAGUUCCUGCUCACAGGAGUACUAAAGCAGGAAGCCAAGCCAGAGGCCUUUGUCCUCUCCAGUUUGGAAGUGUCAUCCACCUGAAAACCCCACCCCAGUAUGCUUUUCCUCCCAGACCAAUAUAUAAAGUGUUAGAAAUAUUUGGAAGAAAGAACUUAGGGCUUUAGAAAGGAUUGGGGUGUACUGAUCUGAUUUGUCUUGGAACAUGGGUGGGGCUGAAAAGCUUGCUGGUAAACAAACACAGGGAGAUUGGGAGCCACAGUUUUCUUAAAUGGCCUCUUAAAGUCGGCCAAUCCCGUGCUCAGAUAUCUUAAGUCGCCGCUCACAUUUAGCCGGACUGAUGUGCUUAUUGCUCUAUGGCGCGCACAGUGUCCUGCUUCCUAUUUGGAAACCAUUUGUUUCUCCUCUUCUUUUCUUACUGGGAUUCUUACUCACCCUGCAAAAGAUAGUGGAAACAAUUUUAGUGUCCAGAACUUGAAAGAAUGCUUGGAGUGAGUAAAUUUGAGGGUGGAGUUAUGGAAUGCUACUAAAAUAUUUUCCCCUCUCCUUGCCCCAUCUCGUUAGAAGCAUCCUUUAGCUUUGACGUUGAGCAAAUCUCUGCCCUUUUUUUUUUUCCUGGCCUGCUUUUCCAGUAUUUAUAAAGUUAGCUUAGGCUUAACCUCUGUGAUAAAUAAAUAUUCACUAUGUGCCUUA